AUGUUGCCUUUUGGUGGGCCUCAUGGCUUUCCACAUCUAAUAAACUUACCUCCGAAUACAACACCUGCAUCUGCGUUCGUUCAACAGUCUAUGCUAAUGCCUCAGUUACAAAGAGUGAUGGUCAGUAGUGCGCCUCAGAUGCAUUUGGCUAGUGCACCUGUGGUAUCAAUGGGGGCAAUGGCCGCAGCCAUAACCAACCAAAUGCAUCAGACGGCUGCAGCCAUCUCGUCGUCGAUCUCCUCAGCAGCCUCGUUAGCACAACAACAACAACAGCAGCAGCAGCAGCAGCAGCAGUUGAACAGCAUGAACAACCCGAACUCUGUCCUCAUGCCACAUCAACUUACCGCAUCGAAUGCUGAUCGUCUUUCUAUUGGCAGUAAUGCACACCCAACUGGACUUCGCACUCCUAAUAGUAGUCAUAAUAAUGGUAAUGCUUUCGUUCGUUUAGAUAUUUGA